GUGGCAUAGCGAUUGGAUUGGCUUUGUUUUUUCUUUCCUUGUGCUUUCUUCCUAUCAAUGAAGUGUUGCGGAUAGGAUUCGUAUAUCUCUCGCUUCUUGCUUACUGUUGACGAGCCAAUACUUACACCGCCUAAUAACAACAGGGGCCAACUCCUCUACCUACCAUUUCGCAUCAGCAGCCCCAUCAGCAUGGCUUUCUUAUCCCCACACGUGAAGCAGAUAUUGGAUAGUCAAGACUCCGAUCCAUGUGACAGGAUUGCAGCAAAUCCAGCGGCAACUAUACAUACACGAACACUAUCCGUCUCCUUCCGCCACCUAAUCGCCCAACAAGGCCAUCGAGUCCUGCUAUUUAAAUACCCCCAAUCCAUUCCGCUAUCGCAUCUCUUCUAACGUUUCCUUGUUCCAUACCAUCUCACAAUGCACGUCUCCGUCCUCGCGCUGCCCUCCUUCUUUUUUCUAGUCCUCGCCCAGGGCCCCAACGACCCUGGCUUCUACAACACAGUCGCAGAGAUUUACUCGGGCCCCGGCUGCGAUGCGGCAUCCUUCGUCUGGGCAGAUCCUAUCUUUGGUCGUGGUGGCACAUGCCAGUUGCUUGAUCGCAACGAUAAUACGCCGGAUAUAAUUAGUUACAAGGUUACGACGCAGUAUCCUGGAUGCUCUGGUACGUUUUCUUGGCUAAAAGAGAGAUGAGAGGGGGUGUCAGAGAGGGAUGAAUAAGUCGGAGAGUGCUGAUGUGUGUGGUAGCAACGUUAUACACCGAUGAUGGGUGCUUGAGCACGGCGUAUCCGGCGCCGGUUGGGGUAUGUAUUGACGCGGCAGAUGGGAAGCCGUUCGUUAAGGCUUUUGUGGAGUGUCCGUUCUCGGAUAAUUAAAAGGUUGAAUA